AUGGAUCCCCCAUCACCAGGCGCCCUCAGCCAGCCCCAGGCCUUUGGUCUCUUGGCGGCGUAUACCCUCGUCUAUGUGCUCCCGCUGUAUGCCUCUUCCCAAACAAGAGCCUCUCCUGGCCGAUCAAGAGACGCCCCCGAGGCCAUCCGCGCCAGGAUCUUCGUCGUCUCGCUGUCUACUACUGCAUGCUCUGUCGCUACUUUCCUCCUCUUGCCCUAUGUCUGCACCUCAGCCGCCGCUACCGGCUGCAGCCCGCUGCAUCUGAUGGGCUAUUGGCCACUUGGCCUGGUUGAGACGCUCAAAAGCUGUCUCCUGACAGGCCUGCUCUUUGCCGCACCCCUUUAUGAGUGUCUUGUCAUCGACGGCGUCUGGAGAGAAUGGGCUUCUGGCCUUCAGCCUCUUCGGGACAUCUGGGCUGAAUGGCCCACCUGGCGAAACCUGGUUGCUGGCCCCGUCACCGAAGAAUGUCUCUUCCGCUCCGCUGCUAUCCCGCUGCUCCUGAUAGCAGGCUCUAGCCUCAGCAGAAUCAUCUUCCUAUCUCCCGUCGUCUUUGGCCUUGCUCACCUUCACCACUUUUACGAAUUCCGCGUUACCCACCCGCAAACCCCCCUAGUGGCUGCCAUUGCCCGCUCCGUUCUGCAAUUUUCUUAUACUUCCCUCUUCGGAGCCUACGCAAACUUCCUAUUUCUGCGGACCGGAUCUCUUGUUGCCGUCAUUCUUGUCCACGCCUUCUGUAACUCCAUGGGCUUGCCUCGCGUUUGGGGCGCCGUCCAGCCGUAUUGGCUUCCCGAGGCCGACUCUUCUCGUCCGGGCCACAUGAUCUUGUGGUCGGGCAUUUACUACGUGCUGCUCAUUGGUGGCGCAGUUUCUUGGUGGAAGAAUCUUUACCCUCUAACCGAGUCGCCAAUUGCUCUGGCAGUAUUCUAG